CAGCAGUGAUUCGACUUAUUCUUGUUUCCUACCAUAUUUGCCCGUUGAUUUUUGUACCAACACAAGAUGACAACAACGCAGCGUCUCCUCAGCAAGGUCGCCAUUAUCACCGGCUCGUCAUCGGGGCUCGGCCGGUCCAUAGCCCUCGCAUACUCGCGCGAGGGCGCCCAUGUCGUGUGCGCGGACCUGCGCCCCGACGCCCGCGUGCAAGUGGCAGCCGAGGCCGGCGCGGCCAACACCGACGAGCUCAUCAGGCAGACCGGCGGUCGGGCCAUCUUCGUCAAGACCGAUGUCAGCUCGGCGGCGGAGAUCGAGCAGCUCGUGCAGGCCGCUGUGAAGGAGUUUGGGAGGGUCGACAUCCUCGUUAAUAACGCUGGCAUAUCCCUCGAAGCCGGCCGCCCCCCCAUGCGGAUUCACGAGGUGCCUGAGGACGUCUGGGACACUACCAUUGCCAUCAACGUCAAGUCCGUAUUCCUCGCCACCAAAGCCGUCGUAACGCAGAUGCUGCGCCAGGAACCCCAUGCCUCGUCGACAGGUGGUGGGCAGCACCGAGGGUGGAUCAUCAACCUGGCUUCAAUCUAUGGGCUCGUCGGAGGGCGGCAUAACAUCUCGUAUGCGGCAUCCAAGGCGGCGGUUGUCAACAUGACGAGGCAGGUUGCGCUUGAUUACGCGCCUGACAAGAUUCACUGCAACGCCAUUUGUCCAGGCUUCGUCAAAACUGCCAUCUACGCCCAGACAGUGGAAAAUCUCUCGAACGAAGAAAUAGUCACCAGCCUGCACCCUUGGGGCACGGUCGGUGCGCCGCAGGACAUUGCUGGCGCCGCAGUCUUCUUGGCUAGCGAUGAGGCGGGAUGGAUCACCGGGGCAGCGCUUCCCGUGGACGGGGGCUACACUGCGCAAUGAUGACAAAAUCCGAUACAAGUGGCUCAACUAUCUUGCAAAAUCACGAGGUUCAGAUAAUUUGUCAGUUUGGUCAUCGCAUACUACCGUUACGCACAAAGGUUUGUCCAGACUCGGACAGCCAGGCUUCUAUAGACGUCAACAAGAUGUCAACGAAAUCAGCGAUCGUUUAUUCGGCUAUUGCUGGAGGACAGAGCUGCAUCCUUAUAUGGUUCAGAAGCUGCAGCCACAGCUACAAUAAGAUGAUGUCUUGAAGCGAGA